AUAAUGGAGGAUUGGGUGUAACGUUACACGCGUUGUCAGUUGGCUAAAAUUGACUCAAAUAUACAUUUAUCGUGAUGAGAAACAUCCAACUCGUCGUUAACGUUAGCUAGCUGAAUUUAUGCCAACACAUUCAACAUCUUAAAUAAGCUCACUUUUAGUUUCUUGGUCAACUGCGGAUGACUUCCAUAACUGUGUUGCUGUACACUACAGUAUAGUAGCACGUGUCCAGUUGACAUAGACCGUACAGUCAAUUAGUUUGUUUGUUUGCUGCUACAUUACCUCUGUAUUUCGCGCGUUUGACUUGUUCUCCAUGGCAACGUUAGCUGAGGCUCAUGGGUAUUGUAGUGUUUAGAUUCCAAGCGGGCGAAUUUGUUUUUAUUAAACUGUUCUGAGCGCUCGUUUAAAAUGCCAGACACACUCAUCAGUAGCUAAUUAAACACUCUUUUAGGUAUCAUUAUCAUAGCUCUGUGCCACUCCCAGUCGAUAUAUUGAUUUUAGCAUGACUGAACGUGUUGUGUUACCCACUUAAGUCACAGGUAAGAUUGACCUGAUUACUUCCUCUGAGUGGUUUUAUUGAUACCUUGCUACCUUAUGACCUGACUAAGAGAACUGACCGUCCCGCAACCCCGGUCACUCUAUUAAUAAGCGGUAUUCACCGGGACUGCGUCAGUCACCGUGUAGUAAAUAAGUCGCUGAACUUAUUCCUCUUUUAACCUCAUGCUGUCUGGGACCUGGAUCCAGACUUUAAGCAUUGAGGGUUAAUGUGAGGUGUUUAGUAUGAAGUCAAAUGGCGUCGAUUUGAAGUGGUGGGCUACAUGUUUGAGGGAUGACUUCUCGUCCGUGGCGACCCGAGUCUUUGUAAUGCGGGAUCCCGUUCUCCAGCGAAGCAUCACCUAUCUUGGUGACUUCACUUGGAACAGCGUGUCAGGACGUAGCGUUGGCCUGAAGCCCGUCCCUCUGCAAAGCCUCUCAGAGUUGGAGAGGGUACGUCUCCAGGACGUGGCCUUCAGGCGAUUGCUUCGGGAUCACGACCUACGCUGCCACAUCACCAUCCCUAAAUAUGGACACAAGCACAAGAAGUCACUUAGGAGGAAGUUGGAUGCAUUAUCUAAAGAAAAGAGUAGAGACAAAGAGACUAUGCCCCAGGCGUUUGGCAUACCGUUGUCGCAGGUCAUCUCCAACGACCGCUCACACAAGCAACGGCACGAUCCCCCGUGGGAGGAGCACAGUGACCCCACUGAAUUGAUGCUAUCCUUCCUCCACCUCAACUCCAGCAUCAAAAGGGGGAACAAGGAGCUCUCAAGCAGCAACUCGUCCCUUAGCUCCACUUCUGAGACCCCUAAUGAAUCACCUCUGCUCAGCACGCAAGACGCAGCCCCGCGGACACGCAGGAGGGGUGGAGUAUCUGUGGAUUGCAUCACCGAUCUUGAUGAUAACGAGUCUCGGCUCUUGGAGGCCCUUCAGCUCUCUCUGCCAGCCGAGGCAGCUGGCAACAAGAAGACGCGCCACGACAAGAAGCUCAGCCUUAACCCUAUUUACAGGCAGGUGCCGAGGGUAGUGGAUCUCUGCUGCCAGCACCUGGAAAAAUACGGUCUACAGACGGUUGGAAUUUUCCGUGUUGGGAGUUCCAAGAAGAGAGUACGACAGCUUCUCAAGGAGUUUGACCAGGGAUGGGAGAUACAUUUGGGCGAGGAGCACAGUGUCCAUGAUGUAGCUGCAUUGCUAAAAGAGUUCCUCAGAGACAUGCCUGACCCACUGCUAACGAGAGAACUCUACACAGGCUUCAUCAACACAAUGUUGUUGGAUAAUUCAGAACAGGAGAGUGCCAUCCAGCACCUGAUUUGUCUGCUUCCUCCCUGUAACAGCGACACGCUGCAGCGCCUCCUCUGCUUGUUGUCCACGGUGGCUGCACAUGCUGAAGACAGCCUUGACAAUGACAGACAGGAGAUCACUGGAAACAAGAUGACAUCACUCAACUUAGCAACCAUCUUUGGUCCGAACCUCCUACACAAGCAAAAGAACUCCGACAAAGAGUUUGCAGUCCAGAGUUUUGCCCGCGCAGAAGAGAGCACAGCCAUCAUCAGCGUGGUCCAACGGAUGAUCAAUACGUAUCAUACGCUAUUUAUGGUUCCUGCUGACCUGCAGAAUGAGGUGCUGAUGAGUGUGCAAGAAACUGACCCCGAUGUAGUGGAUUACUUACUGCGUAGGAAGGCCUCUCAGUACUCUGAGCCAGGCCUUCUUAGACCAGGAGAGUCCUUCUCUCUGACCGACAGGCGCUUAUCCAAUGACUCCAUCAAAGCAUCUAGUGGAGAGGUGUCUCCCUAUGACAACAACUCCCCUGUCCUGUCAGAUCGACUGCUGUGUAAAUACCCAGAGGACAGCAGUCCAUUGUCAGACAGGAUCCCCAGACUUUCAAGGCAGCACAAACUCUGCAGCCGUUCUAAAGAGGGAUCUGGCAGCACCUCUCCUACACUCUCUACAGAUAAAGAAGCCUCAACUGAUAAUUUCUGGGACACCUGGCAUGAACUGUUCAGCAAGGAGUCCACUGGCCAUCAUAUCACUGGCUCCCUCGGAGACGUUUCGGAAUGUGAGUCGUAUGGAUCUUCGGAGGGGCUGAGCAGUCACCAAGGUAACAACAAGCUGCCCAACAGACCAGCACAAACCUCAUUGGGCGUGCUAGAAAUCAGGCCACACCUCCCGGUGACUCGCAGCAGCAGUGGUCCUCAUGACCAUAGAGGACAGAGACAACCUCAAUCAUCAUUACAUCAGAGAUUGAGCAGCCAAUCAGGAGCCCUCAGCUCAGACAACUUGGCAGAGAGGACAGGACACCCUGUAUGUUCAUUACUUAAGGUCACGACGGAUGGUUUGUCUCCCCCUCACUACUCUGGACAGCUGAGGGAGACGCAUAUUUCUUACUCCACACCCUCCCUCUUCACGUAUAAGCCUGACCUUCAAACCCCACAGCAGUCCCAGCAAAGCCCUGCCCUCCAGACUGUAGACACCGCAGAUGCCUCCGGGCCUGAACGAGAAAAGGGCUCUGGUGCACCGAACUGGCAGACAGAGAGGUGGCAUAUAUGGAAUAUACUGUCCAAAGAAAAUGCAGACGCCCUGCCUGAAACCUUGGUGUGAGGCACCCUUUGGUUUUGUUGAACUAUACUGAAGACGACUUUAAGAGAAAGGAGUCAUUCUCUGAAACACUAGUCUCCGUAUAUGCAGUAUUUGGUAAUGUUUCUCAUUGAUAGACUGAUGGAACUUUACACCAACCACUAUUGUAGAUGUGAUAUUGUUUUGUUGCUGUAUAAAUAUAAAUGUUGUUGUGUGAUUUAUAUAAAAAGUAAUUUUGUACAUAUGUUUUUGCAGUUCAUUUGAAUGUGCUGUACUCAUUACCACAGAGAUGUAUUUGCAACACAAUCAUCCAUAACUUGUAUUUAGACGUCAUCAUUAGACUUGAAUGAUAUUAUUGUUUCAUUUGUGGUCAUGAAUGUUUUUUAAAAACUGAAUGUAAAAAAUAUAGAUGUUGUAAUAUUG